AUGGAGCACGAUGCAGUGGCAUCAUCGGAUUGGGGUGAAGCGGUAGCGAUAACGGUUGGGACCGGCUUGGGACCAUCGCGAUCUGCAACGAUGCAAAGAGAUGAAUGUAGCGACGCAAUAUCGCCAACGGUUUGUGCAAAUAUGAAGAAGUACGACCAAUUCGAAACCCCGACCUUGAAGGAUAUGGCAGAGAAGUUCUGCCCAAAAACAUGUGGGAAAUGCAAGUAG